CUACGAUUGCGUCUACUGUGGUCUGCAGCCUCAUCCAGUAGUCUACUUGCGCGUUGCGAGCCGGUUUAACAUCCAGGGCCCUUUACACAUCAAGAGAAUUUUUCUCUGUGUUUUUUCUCAUCCGUUCCCUCUUUGAUAUUUUUUCCACCUUUUUCCACAUAUGUACCUUUUGCGGCAUUUAUUUCGUUUCCUUUUGCGUGUUUAGAGUGCGCGACUUGAGAGCAAGUUGGCACUCUUUAGAGUGCUCAUCCGAAUACUUGUAGUGUCACAGUAUUUACUAACUAGUACUGUAUACUAUCAAGCUCCACAUACUAUCAAGUAGUACAUACUAUAUAGUAGUAGCUGCUAAGUAGUGUCUACUUAGUAGUAUCUACUAAUAUCUGCUACUAUCUACUACCAUCUACUAUCAUCUUCUACCAUCUUGUACCAUCUUGUACCAUCUGCUACCAUCUUCUACCAUCUUCUAGCAUCUUCUACCAUCCACUACCAUCUACUUCUAACAACAAUCAUCAAAAUUCACUCCCUUCUCUAAUACUUUUAAUUUUUCCAACAAUCUACUAGUUUCUUCCUCUAAAAACUGUCACCGAGUCCAAAAAAACUAACCACUUCAAACUAUAACCCAAAACAAGAGGAAAAAAACCAACAAUCAUCCAACAAAAAAAGAUUUCCAGCCAAAAAAAAAAUUUCCCCACUUUUAGAUUUUUCUAAAUUGUGAUUUGUGACACGAGCCCAGUGUGUGAUUGUUUUAUCGUUUUUUUAUUUCUUCAUCCAAGAGAGAAGGAGAGUCGGAAAUAAAGCAGGCGUGAGAAAAUUGACUCUCGGCGUACGCCGACUGGCACGGAUACAGACAUUAACCCAUCAGCGCGUAUAGUCCCCGAUACGAAAGUUCUUUCGCACGGCCGUUCGUGCAUGUGAACGGCAAUAUAGUAUUAUAAACUCGCCAACGAGAGAAUUCUAAUCCUUUUCAAUUCAAGGACUUUGCGCCUUCAAUUAACAAUCAAUUUAUUUUUCCCUCUCGACAAUAAACAUUCAUUUCUUCAUUUCUUCUACAUCUUCGUCCAAACUUCAAAAAAAAGCAGAUUCAAAAUAGAAAAAAAAAGUUAAAACAAAAAAAAAGAGGGACACGAGUUGCUAUGAACGAAUACAAUUGAUAAGCCUGGCCGGACGUCGGGGCGAUGGAGCGCUACUAUCGGCCGAUUAUGAAGUGCAGGCCCAAGUUCAUGAUUUGCUACGUGAGUUUCGAGAGUGAGAACGGUUGAACGGCUUUCGACUAUAUAGGAGUCGGGAAAAGUGAAAGAAUUAUAGUGUGUUUAUAUAUAUCUAUGUGUGUUUGUGUGUGUAUACUCUUAAGAGAAAACGUAUCUCUUGUUUCUGUGUACAGAUAAAAAAAAACACACACAUACUACUAUACCACGCACAUAUACUCCUUUACAAUUGAUAUUUAUCUUUUUCUCUCAUUGAACAUAUUAUUUCCUUUCCUCGUCUUUUUUGCACUCUCAACUCUUGAUUCCCGCAGGACACCCACGCUUCGAUCUUGAGUCACAAGAUGAUGCAUCGUCAACAAAGAAGGUCAGCCUCUCAGUCAUUGUUAUCAAACUCUGCCGCUGAACGUCUGUCAUCAACGUUCGCGACGUCAUCGUCAUCACCAACCUCAUCAUCAUCACAAUUGACGUCCCCUGCAUUCUCAACGUGUUCAACAUCAUCAACCUCGUCAUGUCCAGCUUUACUCUCAGUUCUUGCCUGGUCAAUGACGCUUCUUCUCGUAUCAUCAUGUCUUGGAAUUGCGGAUGCCGGAGUACUCAUGGGUCAUCCAUUCAGCAAGAGGUCCUUCAUGGACAUUCAGUGCAAAGGUGUCUACGACAAAAGUCUAUUCGCACGAUUGGACCGUAUCUGUGAAGACUGUUACAACCUGUUUCGGGAGCCCCAGUUGCAUUUACUUUGCAAAAAGAACUGCUUCACGUCAGACUACUUCAAGGGCUGCGUGGAAGUAUUGCAACUGGAGGACGAAAUGGAACAGAUACAAACAUCCAUCAAACAACUCCAUGGAGCUGAUCCCGGGGUUUAGGCAAAAUUGCUUCAGCACCGAAUACUUUACGAGCUGCAUCCAAGCGCUGCUGCUUGAGGACGAGAAAGAAAAGUUCCAGGAGAUAGCCGAGUACCUUGGCCGCAAGAAAUAAAGGGAGAUACUUAUGCGAAGAUACGACGAUGCACGGCGCAGGACCAGGUGGGUGGGUGAACAGAGUGAAUGCGCAGAUUCAACAGAGGAAGAGAAGAAGAAGAAAAAGGAGGAGGAGAAGAAUAAAAAAAAACAUAGUGAGGAGAGAAAAAAAAAGAUUGAAAUAAAGAGGCGGCAAAAUAUUACCCGCGAGAUCGCAACCAUCAACAAGUCUCCUCAAACUCAUGACGUCCCAUCAAAUAUUAUCAUUCAAGUGUCGUAGUAGUCGUCGUCGUCGUCAUCGUCGUUAUCGUCGUCCUCGUCCCGCAUGAAAACGGAACGGUACGAAAGCCAUACAUCCCACACAAAUUCUAGUCGAGAAAAAAAUAUCCACGCGCUGAAAAGCCGUGCGUUUUAUUGCGCACAUCUGUGCGCAACUGCGAAGCGCAUUAUUAUUUUUUAUUACGUUUAUAAUUAUUAUUAUUAUAUUAUUAUUAUAUUAU